UUUAACAUUUUAAAAUCGGGUAACAUAAAAUUUUCACAACGGUACUAAUAUUGAUAUCUUAAAAACAGAUAUUUCCAGACAGUCAUUGAUCAAUAUUUGGACAUAAUGUUGAGAUGCUUGAUACUAACAACAUUGAUCACUGCACUGGCAACCGGAAGCUUCUCCUCCAAAGGUGUACAACCUAUGAGCUACUUUUAUCAUGCCAACAAUAUCCCCUACGAUCUCUACUCUCGCUACCUGUGUAACAUAUUUAGAGACAUCGGAGUCACAAAUGUCACCAGCGAACAUACAGGAGAGAAAUCCGAGUACAAAGCAUUAGAAGAUUUGCUGGCACCAUUUUCUGGACAAGAUGCUCCUAAAUUACAGCGUCGUCCUGGUUAUGUCCCUUUAGCAGGACGAUAUGAGAACUCUUCAAGUUUAAAUACAAUCUCAAAAGCAAUCAGAAGAGCAUUAGGUUCAGAAUUAAAUGAACUUCAACUGCGCAAACUUCGAUCAGUUCUUGAAACUAGUUUAACUCUAUGCGACUUAAAACGGUUGCUGGAGGCUAUAUACAGGGUCGACACAGACAAGGCGUUGGAAGCUUCAUAUUUACUUCAGCAAUUUUUGGUGCCAGAAAAUGUUUCAAACUUUGUCAGCCGCAAGUCUCUGACAGAAAUCAUCCUUGCAUCUAACUAUUUACAAAAUGGUGUCCGAAAUGGUCUCAAGCUAGCGCCAACAGUUAAGGACGUAGUCAAAGUUGCUUUCAGAAAUCUUCUGCCUGCUGGACUGACUAGAGAACAAAUCAAAGAUGCUGAAAUGUCUAUGAUUGUCUUGAGUUCAUGGAAGAUGACACGGUACGACAUUGAAAGUAUAUUCAAUAACUGUUCACAAGAUAUGUUGAACAGUAACCAAGACUUGGUAUGCAAAGCACUGCACAGUUACUUUUGCAGCCACCAGAAAUGUGGAAUUAAACUACCGAAACGGUUGCUGUACCUGAUGUUGAGAUGUAGGAGAGGAGAAAAAAUGAAAACGUCUACAGUAAAAUCAACAAAAAAGUCAACGCAGAUAAUAACAACACCAUCUAAACAACCAAAAUCAUCAAAGUCUACAUUUACAUCUAUAACACACAGUUCGUCUCCAUUUUCUUCAACACAAACAGCAUCUAAAUCAACAAAAUCUAUAACAUCUAAAACUAAAUAUACAACAACUUCUACAACACCUACUUCCACAACAACUUCUACAACACCUACUUCCACAACAACUUCUACAACAACACCUACUUCCACAACAACUUCUACAACAUCUACUUCCACAACAACUUCUACAACACCUACUUCCACAACAACUUCUACAACAACACCUACUUACACAACAACUUCUACAACAUCUACUUCCACAACGACUUCUACAACACCUACUUCCACAACAACUUCUACAACACCUACUUCCACAACGACUUCUACAACACCUACUUCUACAACGACUUCUACAACACAUAAUUCGACAAGGACUUCUGCAACAACACCUACUUCCAGAUCAACAUCAACAACAACACCAACUUCCAAAACGACUUCUACAACACCUACUUUCACAACAACUUCUACAACACCUACUUCGACAACGACUUCUACAACACCUAAUUCAACAACGACUUCUACAAAACCUACUUCGACAACGACUUCUACAACACCUACUUCGACAACGACUUCUACAACACCUACUUCGACAACGACUUCUACAACACCUACUUCCACAACAACUUCUACAACACCUACUUCCACAACAACUUCUACAACACCUACUUCCACAACAACUUCUACAACACCUACUUCCACAACGACUUCUACAACACCUACUUCUACAACGACUUCUACAACACAUAAUUCGACAAGGACUUCUGCAACAACUUCUUUCACAACAACUUCUACAACACCUACUUCUACAACGACUUCUUCAACAAUACCUACUUCCACAACAACUUCUACAACACCUACUUCCACAACAACUUCUACAACACCUACUUCCACAACAACUUCUACAACACCUACUUCCACAACAACUUCUACAACACCUACUUCCACAACGAAUUCUACAACACCUACUUCCACAACGACUUCUACAACACCUACUUCUACAACAACUUCUACAACAACUUCUUUCACAACAACUUCUACAACACCUACUUCUACAACGACUUCUUCAACAAUACCUACUUCCACAACGACUUCUACAACACCUACUUCUACAACGACUUCUUCAACAAUACCUACUUCCACAACGACUUCUACUACACCUACUUUAACAACAACUUCUACAACAUAUACUUCCAGAACGACUACUACAACACCUAGUUCCACAACAACUUCCACAACACCUACUUCCACAACGACUUCUACAAAACCUACUUCGACAACGACUUUUACAACACCUACUUCGACAACGACUUCUACAACACCUAAUUCAACAAAGACUUCUACAACACCUACUUCCACAACGACUUCUACAACACCUACUUUCACAACGACUUCUACAACAACACUUACUUCCCAAACGACAUCUACAACACCUACUUCCACAACAACUUCUACAACACCUACUUCAACAAAAAUUUCUACAGCAACACCUACUUCCACAACAAUCUCUCCAACACCUACUUCAACAACAACUUUUACAGGAACUCCUCCUUCCACAACUUCUACAACAACACCUACUUCCCAAACGACUUCUACAACACCUACUUCCACAACGAAUUCUACAAAACCUACUUCCACAACAACUUCUACAACACCUACUUCUACAACAACUUCUACAACACCUACUUCCACAACGACUUCUACAUCACCUAUUUCCACAACGACUUCUACUACACCUACUUCCACAACAACUUCUACAACAACUUCUUUCACAACAAUUUCUACAACACCUACUUCCACAACAAUUUCUACAACACCUACUUCCACAACAACUUCUACAACACCUACUUCCACAACGAAUUCUACAACACCUACUUCCACAACAACUUCUACAACACCUACUUCUACAACAACUUCUACAACACCUACUUCCACAACAACUUCUACAACACCUACUUCCACAACGACUUCUACCACACCUACUUUCACAACGACUUUUACAACAACUUCUUCCACAAACACUUCUACAACACCUACUUCCUCAACGGCAGUUACAACAACACCUACUUCCCAAACGACUUCCACAACACCUACUUCCACAACAACUUCUACAACAUCUACUUCCACAACAACUUCUACAACAUCUACUUCCACAACGACAUCUACAACAACUUCUUCCACAAACACUUCUACAACACCUACUUCAACAAAGACAUCUACAAAACCUACUUCCACAACGAUUUCUACAACAACACCUACUUCCCAAACGACUUCCACAACACUCACUUCCACAACUUCUUCUACAACACCUACUUCCACAACAACUUCUACAACACCUACUUCCCAAACGACUUCUACAACACCUACUUUCACAACGACUUCUACAACAACACUUACUUCCCAAACGACUUCUACAACACCUACUUUCACAACGACUUCUACAACAACACUUACUUCCCAAACGACAUCUACAACACCUACUUCCACAACAACUUCUACAACACCUACUUCAACAAAAAUUUCUACAGCAACACCUACUUCCACAACAAUCUCUCCAACACCUACUUCAACAACAACUUUUACAGGAACUCCUCCUUCCACAACUUCUACAACAACACCUACUUCCCAAACGACUUCUAUAACAACACUUACUUCCAAAACGACUUCUACAACACCUACUUCCACAACGAUUUCUACAACACCUACUUCAACAACGACUUCUACAACACCUACUUCCACAACGACUUCUACAACACCUACUUCCACAACAACUUCUACCACACCUAAUUCAACAACAACUUCUACAACACCGACUUCCACAACAACUUCUACAGCAACACCUCCUUCCACAACAACUUCUACAACACCUACUUUCACAACAACUUCUACAACACCUACUUCCACACUAACUUCUACAACACCUAAUUCCAUUACAACUUCUACAACACCUACUUCCACAACAACUUUUACAGCAACACCUCCUUCCACAACGACUUCUACAACAACACCUACUUCCACAACAACUUCUACAACACCUACUUCCACAACAAUCUCUACAACACCUACUUCAACAACAACUUUUACAGCGACACCUCCUUCCACAACAACUUCUACAGCAACACCAAUUUCAACAACGACUUCUACAACACCUACUUCCACAACAACUUCUACAACACCUACUUUCACAACAACUUCUACAACACCUACUUCAACACUAACUUCUACAACACCUAAUUCCACAACAACUUCUAAAACACCUACUUUCACAACGACUUCUACAACAAUACCUACUUCCACAACGUCUUCUACAACACCUACUUCCACAAUAACUUCUACAACACCUACUUUGACUACAAAUUCUACAAUAUCUACUUCCACAACUUCUUCUACAACACCUUUUUCCACAACAACUUCUACAACACCUACUUACCUAACUACUUCUACAACACCUACUUCCACAACGACUUCUACAACACCUACUUCCACAACAACUUCUACAACACCUACUUCCACAACGAAUUCUACAACACCUACUUCCACAACGACUUCUACAACACCUACUUCUACAACAACUUCUACAACAACUUCUUUCACAACAACUUCUACAACACCUACUUCUACAACGACUUCUUCAACAAUACCUACUUCCACAACGACUUCUACAACACCUACUUCUACAACGACUUCUUCAACAAUACCUACUUCCACAACGACUUCUACUACACCUACUUUAACAACAACUUCUACAACAUAUACUUCCAGAACGACUACUACAACACCUAGUUCCACAACAACUUCCACAACACCUACUUCCACAACGACUUCUACAAAACCUACUUCGACAACGACUUUUACAACACCUACUUCGACAACGACUUCUACAACACCUAAUUCAACAAAGACUUCUACAACACCUACUUCCACAACGACUUCUACAACACCUACUUUCACAACGACUUCUACAACAACACUUACUUCCCAAACGACAUCUACAACACCUACUUCCACAACAACUUCUACAACACCUACUUCAACAAAAAUUUCUACAGCAACACCUACUUCCACAACAAUCUCUCCAACACCUACUUCAACAACAACUUUUACAGGAACUCCUCCUUCCACAACUUCUACAACAACACCUACUUCCCAAACGACUUCUACAACACCUACUUCCACAACGAAUUCUACAAAACCUACUUCCACAACAACUUCUACAACACCUACUUCUACAACAACUUCUACAACACCUACUUCCACACUAACUUCUACAACACCUAAUUCCUCAACAACUUCUACAACACCUACUUCCACAACGAUUUCUACAACAACACCUACUUACACAACAACUUCUACAACACCUACUUCCACAACAACCUCUACAACACCUACUUCAACAACAAUUUUUAAUGCGACACCUCCAUUCACAACAACUUCUACAGCAACACCAAUUUCAACAACGAUUUCUACAACACCUACUUCCACACCAACUUCUACAACACCUAAUUCCACAACAACUUCUAAAACACCUACUUUCACAACGACUUCUACAACAAUACCUACUUCCACAACGACUUCUACAACACCUAUUUCCACAACGACUUCUACUACACCUACUUCCUCAGCUACUUCUACAACAGCUCUUUCAACAACGACUUCUUCAACACCUACUUUCACAACGAAAUCUACAACAUCUACUUCAACAACGAAUUCUACAACACCUACUUCCACAACAACUUCUACAACACCUACUUCCACAACAACUUCUACAACACCUACUUUAACAACAACUUCUACAAUAUCUAUUUUCACAACUUCUUCUACAACACCUACUUCCACAACAACUUCUACAACACCUACUUCCCAAACUACUUUUACAACACCUACUUCCACAACGACUUCUACAACACCUACUUCCACAACAACUUCUACAACACCUACUUCCACACUAACUUCUACAACACCUAAUUCCACAACAACUUCUACAACACCGACUUCCACAACAACUUCUACAGCAACACCUCCUUUCACAACAACUUCUACAACACCUUCUUUCACAACAAUUUCUACAACACCUACUUCCACACUAACUUCUACAACACCUAAUUCCAUUACAACUUCUACAACACCUACUUCCACAACAACUUUUACAGCAACACCUCCUUCCACAACGACUUCUACAACAACACCUACUUCCACAACAACUUCUACAACACCUACUUCCACAACAAUCUCUACAACACCUACUUCAACAACAACUUUUACAGCGACACCUCCUUCCACAACAACUUCUACAGCAACACCAAUUUCAACAACGACUUCUACAACACCUACUUCCACAAUUACUUCUACAACACCUAAUUCCACAACAACUUCUAAAACACCUACUUUCACAACGACUUCUACAACAAUACCUACUUCCACAACGACUUCUACAACACCUACUUCCACAACAACUUCUACAACACCUAUUUCCACAACGACUUCUACAACACCUACUUCCACAACGACUUCUACAACACCUACUUUGACAACAACUUCUACAACACCUACUUUGACAACAACUUCUACAAUAUCUACUUCCACAACUUCUUCUACAACACCUUUUUCCACAACAACUUCUACAACACCUACUUCCACAACGACUUCUACAACACCUACUUCCACAAUAACUUCUACAACACCUACUUCCACACUAACUUCUACAACACCUAAUUCCUCAACAACUUCUACAACACCUACUUCCACAACGAUUUCUACAACAACACCUACUUACACAACAACUUCUACAACACCUACUUCAACAACAAUUUUUACAGCGACACCUCCAUUCACAACAACUUCUACAGCAACACCAAUUUCAACAACGACUUCUACAAAACCUACAUCCAAAACGACUUCUACAACACCUACAUUCAAAACAACUUCUACAACACCUACAUCCAAAACAACUUCUACAACACCUACAUCCAAAAUGACUUCUACAACACCUACAUCCAAAACAACUUCUACAACACCUACUUCCUCAGCUACUUCUACAACACCUACAUCCAAAACAACUUCUACAACACCUACAUCCACAACAACUUUUACAACACCUACAUCCAAAACGACUUCUACAACACCUACUUCCACAACAACUUCUACAACACAUACAUCCAUAACAACUUCUACAGCACCUACAUCCAAAACAACUUCUACAACACCUACUUCCACAACAACUUCUACAACACCUACUUCCACAACAACUUCUACAACACCUACAUCCACAACAACUUCUACAACACCUACAUCCAAAACGACUUCUACAACACCUACAUCCAAAACAACUUCUACAACACGUACAUCCAAAACGACUUCUACAACACCUACAUCCAAACCGACUUCUACAUUACCUACAUCCACAACAACUUCUACAACACCUACAUCCACAACAACUUCUACAACACCUACAUCCAAAACGACUUCUACAACACCUACAUCCAAAACAACAUCUACAACACCUACAUCCACAACAACUUCUACAACACCUACAUCCAAAACGACUUCUACAACACCUACAUCCACAACAACUUCUACAACACCUACAUCCAAAACAACUUCUACAACACCUACAUCCAAAAUUACUUCUACAACACCUACAUCCAAAACAACUUCUACAACACCUACAUCCACAACAACUUCUACAACUCCUACAUCCACAACAACUUUUACAACACCUACUUCCUCAGCUACUUCUACAACACCUACUUCCAAAACAACUUUUACAACACCUACUUCCUCAGCUACUUCUACAACACCUACAUCCAAAACAACUUCUACAACACCUACAUCCAAAACAACUUCUACAACACCUACUUCCUCAGCUACUUCUACAACACCUACAUUUAAAACAACUUCUACAACACCUACUUCCUCAGCUACUUCUACAACACCUACAUUUAAAACAACUUCUACAACACCUACUUCCUCAGCUACUUCUACAACACCUACAUCCAAAACAACUUCUACAACACCAACAUCCAAAACGACUUCUACAACACCUACAUCCAAAACGACUUCUACAACACCUACAUUCAAAACAACUUCUACAACACCUACAUCCAAAACAAUUUCUACAACACCUACUUCCUCAGCUACUUCUACAACACCUACAUCCAAAACAACUUCUACAACACCUACAUCCAAAACAACUUCUACAACACCUACUUUCUCAGCUACUUCUACAACACCUACUUUCAAAACAACUUUUACAACACCUACAUCCAAAACAACUUCUACAAUACCUACAUCCAAAACAACUUCUACAACACCUACAUCCAAAACGACUUCUACAACACCUACAUCCAAAACAACUUCUACAACACCUACUUCCUCAGCUACUUCUACAACACCUACAUCCAAAACAACUUCUACAACACCUACAUCCAAAACAACUUCUACAACACCUACAUCCAAAACGACUUCUACAACACCUACAUCCAAAACAACUUCUACAACACCUACAUCCAAAACAACUUCUACAACACCUACUUCCACAACAACUUCUACAACACCUACUUCCUCAGCUACUUCUACAACACCUACUUCCUCAGCUACUUCUUUAACACCUACUUCCUCAGCUACUUUUUUAACACCUACUUCCUCAGCUACUUCCUUAACACCUACUUCCUCAGCUACUUCUUUAACACCUACUUCCUCAGCUACUUCUUUAACACCUACUUCCUCAGCUACUUCUUUAACACCUACUUCCUCAGCUACUUCUUUAACACCUACUUCCUCAGCUACUUCUACAACACCUAUUUCCACAACGACUUCUACAACACCUACUUUAACAACAACUUCUACAACACCUACUUCCUCAGCUACUUCUAGAAAACCUACUUCCACAACGUCAUCCACAACAACACCUACUUCCACAAAGCAUUCUGGAACAACAUCUACAUCUACAACAACUUCUACGACAGGAAACGUUAGAUUUUUACUUAACAAUGUUGUAUUAUUCGGUCAGCUUGAUACUCCAUCUGGUUCUGAUUCGCAACCUGACCUUGUGUCAUUUGCAACAAAUUUUAAUAAGAAUUUAUUACCAGCAACAAUAAAUCAAAUAACUACACCAACACCUACGCCUGAAAGGACGACAAAUGAGUUUCAGCUUGGAUUAAACAAGUUUAUGCUACUGCCUGAUUCUGAGCCAGAACUUGAACCAGAAGCUGAAUUGGACCUUGAGUCAACUCUCUUAAAUACUAUUUUAAGUACUUUACCUAACAGAUUUUUUCCCUUUACAGUCCCUAAUACAACAACUUUGUCUGAUAGCUUAACCUCUAUAGAGCAACACAGUGAAACAAUAGAAGCCCCGACUUCUACUACACUAUAUUUCAUGUCAACACCAGAAAUUCAGAAUGAUGUUACUUUGGAACCUAUGGCUUCUCCUGAUCUAGAGCUAGAGUCUGAACGGAUAUCGGAGUCUAAAGAAUAUAAUGAAAGCUCCUCUAGAAAAAGAAGAGAAACAGAAACAUUCGCAGCAACAACAUUAGAUAAAUUGACAACUUUUACAGCAGCACAAAAUACAAUAUAUACUUUAACAUCUUUGACAACGACACAUCCUGUAACAACAAAUGAAGAUACAGUUGUAAAUGCAAUGACACCUAAAACAAUAAUAGCUAACGUUACGACUGUCAAUUUAGGAACACUUACUACAACAAGUGUAAACAAUACCUUAAUUGUUAAUACAACACCAGCUACAAUAAAUACUAGUGCAGCUUCAACGACAAUAGCUACAAAGACAGUUAAUUCAACAGCAUUCAAUUCAACAACACUUAAAACAACUAGGACCUUCACAACUGACAAUACAACAGCAUUCAAUUCAACAACACUUAAAAUAACAAGUACUUUCACAACUGACAAUUCAACAUUCCAUACAACAAUCACAUCUGUGAAUACAAUUAUAGGAACUACAAAACCCUCUUCAACUGUCAAUAAAACAAGUAACUUCCCAACUGUCUAUUCAACAACACCAACUACAUCAACUAACUUUACAACUAUCAAUAUAGCAACUACAUCUACUAACUUUAUGACCAUUAAUACAACUAAUACAUCAACUAACUUUACAAAUAUCAAUACAACAACACCAACUGAAUCAACUAACUUUACAGCUAACAAUACAACAACACCAACUACACCAACUAACUUCACAAUUGUGAAUUCAACAACACCAACUAACUUCACAAUUGUGAAUUCAACAACACCAACUGACUUCACAAUUGUGAAUUCAAAAACACCAACUACACCAACGAUCUUCAGAACUGUCAAUUUAACAACACCAACUACACCAACUAACUUUAUAAUUGUGAAUUUAAUAACACCGACUACACCAACUAACUUCACAACUAUCAAAACAACAACAACAACUGCACCAACUAACUUCACAAUUGUGAAUUCAACAACACUAACAAUACUGACUAGCUUUACAACUAUCAAUACAACAACACCAACUAACUUUACAAUUGUGAAUUUACCAACACAGACUACACCAACUAACUUUACAAUUGUGAAUUUACCAACACAGACUACACCAACUAACUUUACAAUUGUGAAUUUACCAACACAGACUACACCAACUAACUUUACAAUUGUGAAUUUACCAACACAGACUACACCAACUAACUUUACAAUUGUGAAUUUACCAACACAGACUACACCAACUAACUUUACAAUUGUGAAUUUACCAACACAGACUACACCAACUAACUUUACAAUUGUGAAUUUACCAACACAGACUACACCAACUAACUUUACAAUUGUGAAUUUACCAACACAGACUACACCAACUAACUUUACAAUUGUGAAUUUACCAACACAGACUACACCAACUAACUUUACAAUUGUGAAUUUACCAACACAGACUACACCAACUAACUUUACAAUUGUGAAUUUACCAACACAGACUACACCAACUAACUUUACAAUUGUGAAUUUACCAACACAGACUACAUCAACUAACUUUACAAUUGUGAAUUUACCAACACAGACUACACCAACUAACUUUACAAUUGUAAAUUUACCAACACAGACUACACCAACUAACUCCACAACUAUCAAAACAACAACACAGACUACACCAACUAACUCCACAACUAUCAAAACAACAACACAGACUACACCAACUAACUUCACAACUAUCAAAACAACAACACAUACUACACCAACUAACUUCACAACUAUCAAAACAACAACACAGACUACACCAACUAACUUCACAACUAUCAAAACAACAACACAUACUACACCAACUAACUCCACAACUAUCAAAACAACAACACAGACUACACCAACUAACUUCACAACUGUCACUUCAACAACACCAACUGUACCAACUAACUUCACAAUUGUAAAUUCAACAACACUGACUAACUUUACAACUAUCAAUCCAACAACAUCAACUACACCAACUAACUUCACUACUUUUAAUCCAACAACAUCAACUACACCAACUAACUUCACUACUUUUAAUACAACUAAAUCAACUACAACAAGUAACUCCACUACUUUUAAUACAACUAAAUCAACUACAACAAGUAACUCCACUACUUUUAAUACAACUAAAUCAACUACAACAAGUAACUCCACUACUUUUAAUACAACUAAAUCAAUUACAACAAGUAACUCCACUACUUUUAAUACAACUAAAUCAACUACAACAAGUAACUCCACUACUUUUAAUACAACUAAAUCAACUACAACAAGUAACUCCACUACUUUUAAUACAACUAAAUCAACUACAACAAGUAACUCCACUACUUUUAAUACAACUAAAUCAACUACAACAAGUAACUUCACUACUUUUAAUACAACUAAAUCAACUACAACAAGUAACUCCACUACUUUUAAUACAACUAAAUCAACUACAACAAGUAACUUCACUACUUUUAAUACAACUAAAUCAACUACAACAAGUAACAUCUCUGCUGUCAAUACAACAUUACCAACUUCAACUACAGCUAACAUCACGGGUCCUCCAAUAGCUCUUUCUAGAUUUACACUUGGAAACUUUCUGUUACUUGCUAAAUCUGAGUUGGCAUCUAAUUCAAAUCCAGAAUCUCAGAUUGAAAAUGAAAACAUGUCCGCAGCAACUGAUUCCAUUACAAUCUCCUCACCUACGAUAAUAAAACAGACGACAGUACCUCACAUUGCAACUCAAACAUUGGCAUUUUUGGGCACAGCUGGAUCUGAACCUAAACUUAGACUUAACGAUUUGAUGCUUUUACCUGAUCCCCAGCCAGACCUGGAGCCGCAAGGGGAGACAAAUGUUGAAUUAGAACUUGUGUCCCCUGCUGCAAAUACGUCUCUUAUAACUCGACCCAAUCCAACGGCUCCUAAUACAACAAUUUCUAAUGCAACAAUGCUAACUACAACAAAAUUACAAGAUAUCAUAACCACUCUUAAAAAUCAUUCAACGACUAAGUCAAUCGUACCCACUUCUUCAGUAAUUAAUUACACGACUUUACCUUAUCCAAAUAACAAUUUACUUAAUACAAGUAGCAAUGUCCUUAACAUUAGCAGCAUCCUUAGCAAUAUAAGUAGCAAUGCACCUCCGGCAAGCAAGAACGUUAUUUAUGUGAGUAAAUAUGAACCAGAGGCUUCAGAUGAAAAUGGGCAAUCUACAACAGAUACCAACGAAUCUACGCUACCAGGUAAAAUACUUACUACAGCUGAAUUUAACGAGACAACACCUGAUAUAGAGGCUCUUACUUCUGUAAUGCCAACUUCUACACUAUAUUUCAAGAAUAUGACAACUUCUGAUACUCAUACCACAGGACUAAGCGACGCAAUGAUUCCUCCUGAUCCUAAACUUGAGCCUCAAUCCAAACAAGAGUCUGACGUUGAAUAUAAACUCAGAUCCUAUACAAGUACUACUGAAAUAGAAUCCCCUGUUACUAACGCUAAUAAAUCAACAACUAGAUCUACUAUCGGAACAUUUAAUACAACAGAUUUUAGUACAGACUUUACCUCAGUACCCUCUACAGCAAUGGUGUCUAAUACAUUGCCUAAUGAAAUAGAAACUACAUUUGCAAUACCUAAUACAACAACAUUGCUCAAUGAUACAGGCACUAUUGCAACCUCAUCUUCAACAAUGUAUACAAUAGGAACACCUAAGUCAACAUCUACUGUUAGUACCAUCACAACUUCUGAUACAUCAUUUAUUAAUAAAUUACCUGAUACAUCAUCUAGUACUCAAACACCUACCACAACAAAAAUUAACAUUUCAACUGUCUUCACAACAGCAUCUACACCGACAGAUACAGCCAUGUCAGCAAAUUCUGCUGAUGAGAGACCUGAUAGAGCACUAUCAGCUAGUGAAACACAUGAUGCUCCAACAUUGAUCAGUACAGCGGAUACCACAUCUUUUCAUACAACAUUACCUAAUACAACAUUAUCUAAUACAACAUUACCUAAUACAAUAACACCUUAUCCCACAACACCUGAAACAGCAACACUAACAAGUGAAAUACCUAACACUUCAAAACUUCCUACAACGGUUACUAUCGUAACUUCAGAUACAUCUUUUUAUACAACAUUACCUGAUUCAAUAACACUUAAUAAAACAAGUGUUAAUACAAUAACACCAAGUAUUGACACUUCUAAGUCAAAACUAUCACUUCAUUCAAAAGACACUACAGCAACUUCUUUCGAUACACCUUUUGAUACAACAUUACAGGAUACAGAAACAUUUAAUCCUAAAAUACCUCUUACAGCAGAACCUAAUCUUGAAACAGCUAAUACAGCUAUCUUACAGAGAACAACAGAUGCUAUCGCAACUUUGUCUGAUACACCCAUUUCUAUUUCCACAUUAUAUGCUACAGCUGCACAAAUUACAACAACAAAAAAUACAACAGUAAUUCUUGUAUCAACAUCUAAAUCUAAAACAUACGACAGUACUAAAACAGCUGAAACAUCUUUUGAUAGUACUGAAACAACAACGAAUGCUAGUUCUGUAACAACAAUAACAACGUCUACAAAUUUCGAAAGUACUGAAACAACAACACCAACAACAUCUACAACGAAUGCUAGUUCUGUAACAACAAUACCAACGUCUAAAAAUUUCGAAAGUGCUGAAACAACAACACCAACAACAUCUACAACAUCCGCCAGUACUGCAACAAGACUAUCAACUUCUUCAACGCAUGACAGCACUGAGGGAACACCUACCUAUACAACAGAUCUCCGUACAGUAACAUCAACUGAGGUUCAGCCUGAAAUUCGAUUCGGACAGAACAACCUUAAGCGUUUCCCUGAAACUAAUUAUGAGCCUGAGACUCCAAUAGAUCCGGAACCUGACAAAGACUUGGAGCUCGAGCCUGAAUUCGAAUCGGAACCUGAUCCUGACUUUGAUCCUGAAUCUGAUCCAAUUAUUUUGUACUAUCUGUAGAUUUUGGUUAUUUAUUUAAGUAAACUAUUUCGUAACGAAAUUUCUUGCGAAAGUUGAAUAAAAUAUCUACUUAACAAAAUU